AUGAAGAUCCUUCUCUUAUCUCUGGUGGCAGUGGCGAUUCUCGCAAAGAAGGAGACAAAAGAAGAUGUGAAGGAUCUUUCGAACGGUAUCUUUCAAGUUUUAAUCAAAAAGUAAUAAGGAAGUUUAGGGUACCCAACUGCUAUUGAAUGGGUUGAAUUCGAUAAGGCUAUCGGAAUAGCCAAGGAUCUCAACAAGCCGAUCUUCUUCUUGAUCCACAAGACCUGGUGCGGAGCUUGCAAAUGUAACUUGCCAAAAACAAAUGGAUGAAUGACUAUUACCUAUUUAGCCCUGAAGCGUGAGCUCAAGAGUUCGGCAAAAACUGAUGACCUUAUUAUUCUCUCGCGCAAAUUCGUCAUGGUCAACGUGGAAGACGAUGACGAGCCAGAGGACCCGAAGUUUGCCCCAGAUGGAGGAUACAUCCCAAGAAUUCUGUUCCUUGGUACUUUUAACAUGGGACUAGAAAAGAAGGAAUUAUAAAAUGAGUUACAGACACUGAUGGAAACCCGCUGAAGACCAACAACGAGCAGAAGUACAGAAACAACAAGUACUUCUACCCAUUGGCCGCUCAGAUCAUCGAUGGAAUGGAGAGAGCUCUCCUUGAGUUUGGAGUUGACGAGGUAUGGAAGUAAAUAUAUGAAAUCUCAAAGAAUUGGUUGUUUAGGAGCCAGCCAAGGGAGAGGCUAAGACUGAGAAGAAGGAAGAGAAGGUCGAGAAGAAGGUGAUUUCCAGUGGUUAAAAUGCUAUGAGAAAAGAAGAGAAUUAGAAGAUUCUAGACCUUUGAAACGAAAUUGUCACAUGUCAAAUACGGGUUGUUGUUGCAUGCUUCGGACUACCGAAUUAGUAGGAUGAGAACGAUAAUAUCUGAAAUUCCGCAUUACUCACUUGACCAUCGAAUUAGGCUGACUGAAAAAGAAUUCUGGUUUUGGGUAGAUUGUUGAACCCAGCAGGUGUUUCAUGACAUCAUUUGAAGUGUGAUGAUCAGGAGAAACACCAGAAAUCAUUUAAUUUCCAGAAGGAGGAGAAGAAGGACAAGAAGAAGGAGGAGAAGACCGAGAAAACGGAUAAGAAGGUGAGGGAGCAAAAAAGAAAGUUUCAGUUCUUGAAUUCCAUUUUCAGGAAGAGAAGAAGAAGGACGAGAAAAAGAAGGAGAAGAAGGAGGAUAAGAAGGAUAAGAAGGACAAAAAAGACAAGAAGGAGAAGAAGGAGGACAAAAAAGACAAGAAGGAAAAGAAGGAGGACAAAAAGUCCAAGAAGGCCAAAAAGGAGGAGCUGUAA